AUGGACACCCAGUCCACAAUGCCGUGGGUGGGAAUCGGAAGCCAAAGCUCCCCAGAACCGAAGGAGAGGCAGGUGCUGCUACUUGCGGACCUACUUCAACUUAACAAGGAUGAGCUCGGGCAAGCAUUGUUUUUCCCCACGGACGAAUGGCAUCUGGGACCAGGGGCAGCUAGCUUCCGGGAGUACAUUCUCAACGACCUGGUGGAUGACUUUGCUGAGCCGAUGGUGGACACAGCAGAUGGGCGCAAUGUGGAGGCCUUGAUGCAGGUGUACAACAUAACUGUUGAACUGGUCAGGGAAGCCAAGAAAGCAGCUGCUGUGCAGGAUGAGUUCCUGUCGAAAGGGUAUGCUUCAGUCAAAAGCACAGCCGAGAAAUCGGUGCAGAAGGUGCUCCAAGCUGCAGCAGCAGAGGCUGACAAAGAAAAGGCGCAGCGCAAGCAAGUAAUGGCUGAGCGAUGGCUUUCAAGGGAGAUGGAGGCAUUGAACCUGAGGCGUGAUACUGUGACCGUUCAGGCUGCAAAAGCUGCUUCGUAUGCAGCUGCCAAAGUUCAUGCCCUGAUCGGGCACUUGAGGACGACAGGUAUGCUGUCCCAGGUUUUCUUUGAGUCUAUGGAGUCCUGGCAGGAGAUGGAUUCGACGGUUUCCUUGGCUCAGCAUGUCAAGCAUGCAGAGCUGCCUGUUUCUGGAGAGAAUAUCCCGGAGACGAUUCCCGAGGUGGAAGAGACAUUACAAGAGCAACCGUUUCCGGAGGGCAACGAUGGACAGCGAGCCGAUGAUGUUAUGAGUCCACCCCAGCAGAGCAAUGGGCAACCAGCUGAGGCAGUGGCACAGGUCAAUGGGCAACCAGCUGACUCAGUGCAGAAUCCACCACAGCAGGGCAAUGGAUCACAGCAGCCACCACAGCAGGGCAAUGGACAACCAGCCGAGGCAUUGCAGAAUCCACCGCAGCAGGGCAAGAAUCCACCACAGCAGGGCAAUGGACAACCAGCCGAGGCAUUGCAGAAUCCACCACAGCAGGGCAAUGGGCAACCAGCUGACCCAGUGCAGAAUCCACCACAGCAGGGCAAUGGAUCACAGCAGCCACCACAGCAGGGCAAUGGACAACCAGCCGAGGCAUUGCAGAAUCCACCGCAGCAGGGCAAGGUGCAACCAGCUGAGGCAGUGCAGAAUCCACCACAGCAGGGCAAUGGACAACCAGCCGAGGCAUUGCAGAAUCCACCACAGCAGGGCAAUGGGCAACCAGCUGACUCAGUGCAGAAUCCACCACAGCAGGGCAAUGGAUCACAGCAGCCACCACAGCAGGGCAAUGGACAACCAGCCGAGGCAUUGCAGAAUCCACCGCAGCAGGGCAAGGCAUUGCAGAAUCCACCACAGCAGGGCAAUGGGCAACCAGCUGACUCAGUGCAGAAUCCACCACAGCAGGGCACUGGAUCACAGCAGCCACCACAGCAGGGCAAUGGACAACCAGCCGAGGCAUUGCAGAAUCCACCACAGCAGGGCAACGGACAGCCAGCCGAGGCAUUGCAGAAUCCACCGCAGCAGGGCAAUGGAUCACAGCAGCCACCACAGCAGGGCAAUGGGCAACCAGCGGAGGCAUUGCAGAAUCCACCACAGCAGGGCAAUGGGCAACCAGCUGAGUCAGUGCAGAAUCCACCACAGCAGGGCAAUGGAUCACAGCAGCCACCACAGCAGGGCAAUGGGCAACCAGCGGAGGCAGUGCAGAAUCCACCACAGCAGGGCAAUGUGCAACCAAAGGCAGUGCAGAAUCCACCACAGCAGGGCAAUGGAUCACAGCAGCCACCACAGCAGGGCAAGGGCAAUGGGCAACCAGCUGAGAAUCCACCACAGCAGGGCAAUCAGCAGCAAGCCGAUGCAGUACAGAGUCAGAGCAACAGUGCAGGUGCUGUCCAGGUGCAGUGCUCAGUCGUUUGGAUUGUGGUUAAUGUGGUGCCUACCCAAGCUAUCGACUGUGAUGAGAUCGAUGAUGAUGAACUGGUGAGCCAACUGGCAAUGCUGGCCAUGAAGCAGGAGCCCGAGGAUCAAUCGUUCACCAAGGUGGAGGCCAAGAGUCCUGACAGGAACGGGGGCUCAAGUAUCGGGGCGGCUGGGGCAGUUGACCUUUGUUCAGAUGACCCCUACUUGGAUGCAGUCGACCUUGGUUCGGGUGACCCCUCUUUGGAUGCCGGAGUGCAAGCAAAAGCUGCUGUGGAUAGUGCAUUGCGGAGACUGGCAACGGGUGACAUCGAGGUCCAAAAGCAGAUUGAGAAGCAGCCAGCGCCAGCCGUGAAUCAGCAGCAGAUCGCAGCAUCUGAGCUUGAUGGAGAGGAGCUGGAUGAACAGGAUGAUGAGGAGGUUUGGACCAGCAGCAGCCUGGUCCAAAACUCGUCAUCAACUGAAAGAUCCAAGCUAGCAGGAGGCCGCAGCUACAAGAUGUUCAAAGACAUUGUGAAGGAACACGGACAAACCGACGCCGAGGGUCUACGCGAGGACAAGAAGGAGAAACAAUCUACACUGGGUGACUUCCAACCGGGGGUGCCAUUCUGGUAUCCGCAUCCGGCUCACGAAUUGUUCCUCUGUUUCGAUGGCGCUACUCUUUCGACAUUGAACGAGAAUUCCGUGCACACUGAGGAGAGUGUGGCUGUGAAUCUGGACAGUGGAUUGACCCGUGAUCUGAGGUCCGGUCUGCAGCCGACUGUCUCGGAUCCCACCGGAUGUGGAAGGUCCUUGCAGCCAGCACUCAGCUCCGAUAGCCUUGGUGGAACACCCGGUGGCAAAGGCAAAGGAAAGACCAAGACGAACCCCAAGGGCAAUACCGAACCCAACAAAGCGAAGAAGGCCCCCAACUACGCUGGCAAAGCCAACGGGAAGGUGAAGCUGGGCCGAACUACCUUGACCGAUGCCAAGUAUUGGAUAAGGACGAUCCACGAUGACCAGAAGAUCCCGGACCCCAGCAAGCGCAAAGUGUCCGGUGAUUUGGCCAAAGGCUACAUUUCCCAGAUCCACCUGUACCAGAGCCCGAUGGAAAAAGCAACGGAAGCCUUGGAUUGGAAACUGGUUGAAGGUGUAAAGGACGAGGCCACGUUAGCCCCGCUCGUGACUACCCUCGACACUGCUGUGGAAAACUAUGGCAAUGCUAUCCGCCCAAUCAAGGCACUCUUCGUUGCCCAGCUGCAUAAUUGCCUUCGGCCGUGGUUUUCGUUUGAUUCCCACUAG